GUUUUUCCCUUCCAAAAUCAGUUUCUUUUGUGGCGUGAGAGAUUGCGACACUUUCUGGACAACCAGGACUUGGGUGGUCAGGCUGUGGUCCCAUUGACGGCCAGCAGACACCUCUCCCGUCCAUCAGUAGCUGCACGUCUGUCCGGAAGACAACACCAGGUGGCCUUUGCUCAUCCCUCUUUUUCAUCUCCUGGACACAGAAUCGAUCACCAGAUAACCGCCUCUGAGGGCAGAAGAGGAAUCCACCCCGAAGGCCCAAGUUAAUCACCGACCAAGCUCAACAGCGGCAGAGGGAAACCCAGACACCCAGGCUCAGGAAACAUCUGCUUUGGAGGAUGAAGUGGCUGCUGGCCUUAUGCGGGGGCCUCCUGGCUCUGGCUGGGGCCAACCAGUCCCCCGUCCAGCAACGGGCGCUGGACAUUGUGCUGGAGUACUUCCACGGCCGGAGCUUUGUGCAGUCGGUCUUCAAGGAACAAGUCGUGACCGAAGUCGCCAAGGAGGAGUCUUCGACCGGGACCUACAUCCACCUGGAAGUUGAACUUGCACAGACGCACUGCAGGAAGCAGCGGAGGGCACAAAACUGCCCGGUCAAAGCAGGAGGGAGGAGACAGAUCUGCUUGGCUUGCUUCUCCUUUGACCUCAGGAGCCCAGACCACAUCCUGGACAAGUCGAUGCACUGCAUGUCACAGAAGAGCUCAGUUUUACAGGAGACGAAGAGGAGGCACGCCGAAGAGUGUGAAAAGGUCAAAAAAGCCAAUGGAUUGUACCUGCCAGGCCAGUUUGCCUUUUCCAGGGGGCUUCCGUGAGGCAAAGGAUGGGACCCACGUUGAGCGGAAUCUUGUUAUGGAGGUAAACAGAGAGCCAUCCAGUCUCGGCACCACAGGAGCAAAGCCACACGCACCUGAAGCUUCUCCCAUUGACAGCUCUUUCUUAAUUAAGCCUGACGCUGGGAUUUUCUAUUUUUCCCCCCUUUAUCCCCACAAUAAAAUGGCACCGCCCCAUU